GAGUGAUGUCACAAUGCGAUGCUGCUCCUUAUUGGUCGCUGGCACACCCUGCCAAGACAAUGACAUUGUUCUCAGCGCUGCCUAUAAAAAGCGGAGGCAGAGGGAAAAUUGUGAUCACUGUCACACAAGGCAUUGGAGCUACACAAGCGCCUCCACUGCACCUGCGCUAUCUCAGCACUGCCAACAGGCCCUUCUCUCUCUGCCCCAUGGAUUCUGACGCCAGCCUGGGCUCCAGCAGAGCCUCCUCCCCGGAGACAGACGAUCUGUUCCUACACUCGCGGAAAGGUGGUUUCUCGGGCGCGGUGUCUUCUUCCACCAUGAGCGACUCCCCCGCGGAGCUGAGCGCCGAGUUGCGCAACGCUAUGGCUUUGGCCGCGGCGGCGGGAGACAAGUUGGGCGCUUUUAAAGCAGCGGCGGCGGCUGCGGCGGCAGUGGCGGCCAAGAAGGACAAGAAGCAGAUGAACGAGUCGGAGCUGCAGCACCUGAGGCUGAAGAUAAACAGCCGGGAGCGCAAGCGGAUGCACGAUCUGAAUAUCGCAAUGGACGGGCUGCGGGAGGUGAUGCCUUACGCGCAUGGACCCUCAGUGCGCAAACUGUCCAAGAUCGCGACUCUGCUGCUGGCGCGCAAUUACAUUCUCAUGCUCACCAACUCGCUGGAGGAGAUGAAGCGCCUGGUCAGCGAGAUCUACGGGGGGCACCACCACCAUGCGGCAGCCGCAGCGGCAGCAGCAGCCGCUUAUCAUCCUGCAGCCUGUGGGGGGAUGAGCCAUGGGACCCCCCUGCCCGGGCACCCAGUGUCCCACCACCCUUUGCUCCCCAGCACAGCCUCCAUCACAGCUUCCAGCCUCUCCGGGGUGAGGGCACCACCCCCUCCUCCACCCCCUCCUGCUCCACCCGCCUCCCAUGGUCUCCUCAAGUCUCCCAGUCCAGGGGCUCUAGGCGGAGGUUUCCCCCAUUGGAGCGGAAUGCCCUGUCCUUGUAGCAUGUGCCAAGUGCCAUCUGCUGCCCAUCACCAUCUCACAACUGCCACCUUGUCCAGGCUCAGCACAGAUGCCAAGUGACUGCUCCUUGAGGGGGAGCACAGCCUUCCCCAUUCCUACCUACAGACAUAAAGGGUGGGCAUCUGAAAAACUGGGCCCCUCGUGGGCCCCUGAACUGGAAUGGAUCCUUCUGGUGGGGUCCAAUGUGCUCAGUAUACAGAGACCUGUGCGGAAAGGACUGGGGGACCUGUGCACAACACCAUUCCCUGGCUCUUGCAAAGGGACCGACGAAGUCGCAGCGCCGCCCGAAACGGUCCAGAAACAAUAAGAACUCGCUACUUUGCAUCACUUUUACUGCCGUUGCCAGGGAAACAUGAGAACUUGGUACUUUGUUGUAUCCCUCUGUGGCUUCAGGUCGGUUGCCAGGGAAACAAUAAGAACUUGUUACUGUGUAUCAACCCCUCUCCGACUCCUCUUGUGUAAUUCACUGGGGCAAAAGUGUCAGUUUUAGUGUGACUGUCAGACAGGUCAAAAAAGGCCCUGGCAUUCCGAGUACAAAGAGGAUCCAGCAGCCCAAUAAAUAGUGACUGUCUAUAGCACCUGAGAGCAGCCCCUCUGGCAUUUGCCACAACCCACAGAUUGCCAUUUCGGGCCUGCUGUCAGCUCAUUGCAACUGUCAGUUGCUCGCUUGACACAUGUAUGUGGGGUCACCAGUCCCCUCGCUUUAGCCUUUCUAGAUAAUGUUUGUUUUUUUUGGAGGGGGGUCGGGUAGCACUUUGACUUUGCUGUUGGAUAUUGAAUUGGCUCAAUGAUCUGCCAGAGCCCAAUAAGGGAGCAGAAAUGUCCAUUCUCAGUAUCAGUGGGGAUUUCCAAUAGGAGAAGCCUAUGGAUGGACAUUCCUGUGUCCCUAAAGCUCCUGUAACUGAGGGGCUUUAAUUGUUUGGGGGGGGCGUGACUUGGCCAAGUAGGGGUUCAGUUGACUCCUGGUUGCCUCACUUCAUCCUGCAUCUAAUGUUUUAAUGGUUCUGUGUCCCAUCAGCCUGCAGUUUUUUUAACUACUUCCCCCUAUAUAGUGAGCACCAAUCAGACAUUGACUAGUAUAGGUGCACCUGAUUAUUGUCCCCUACACUGCCAGAUAUUAUAUAUAUAUAUUAUAUAUAUAUAUAUUAUAUAUAUAUAUAUAUACAUUAAUACCCAUUAACUAUUCUGUGACUGCCCGACUUUAAGCCUAACCUUAAAGUUCCCCUGAAACUCUGCCCCAUGUCCCUAUAGAAUGGAUGUCGCUGCCAGGACUAUGAUAAAUGUCAACUAUGCAACUGUCACUCAGCUCAGUCAUGCAACCUCUAACCAGUGGGAGUGGUAUAAUAUACAAUAUAAUAUACAUCUUUUAUAAUAAUGAGCCCCAGUCCUUAUAUCUGCCAUCAGUUUGUGACCAGGGCACCCUGCCCCACUUUACUCCAACAACCAAACUCGUGCUGCGAUUGGUUCAUCUGUCAGUGUAAACUACAACUCCCAGCAUCCUCUGCUGUCAACCAAGAAUGCUGGCAGCUGUAUUAUGGUCAGUGUAUGCCAUCCUUUGGCUGUUUUUGAACUUGUGUAGGUUAAACACAACUGGAGGGCUGAAUUGCUUUCAGUACACUUGCAGUGCAUUUGGGAAAGUCAGGGGUAGGGGCAUCAGAUUAGCAUCACAUAAAAUAAAUGACCCCCUCUGAGAUCCUGAUUGCAGAAAGAGGAGUCAAUGAACCACAGAGGAAUAUACAAUGAGGCAGAGCUGGGAGACCCCCAAUGAGCCAAUGAAACAUAAGCAGCUGAGGGGGCACAGUGUCAUUUUUCUUUGCAGCUUGUGAAACACAUCAAAGGACUUCCCAACAUAGAGUGAGAUCAAGCAGCCCCCCUGCAGACAAGGCUUGGCUCAGACUCUCAGACCACCCCAGUGAUAGACCCACAGCCCCUUUUUUUUUUAUAUUCAUAGCUCAUAGGCACUCAAACUCUUAUUCAACUACAAAGUUAUCCAUGGAUGCUGGGAGUUGUAGUUCUGCUUCAGAUGGCAAUCCAAUGUUUAUUUAUCCAAUUUCCACCUGCAAUUAACUUGUGCACCAGAACCGACUGUCCUGCCUUCACCCCUUCCAAUACCAGGGGGGUGCACACCCCUCAAUCAGUUCCUGUAGCCCCUAAUUUUGCUUCUGAACCCCCAACUCUCAUCUUGUCCUAAACGAAAAUAAAGCAAAGUAAAUCCCUGCAAUCGUUUGUUAGUCCAAUAAAUCCAAUAGUAACAAGUCUAAUAUAACAUAAUAUUGUAUGUAUCACUAGGAAUGAUAUUCAUGUAAUAUCCAUGUUUUGUUUAAUAAUCCCUGUCUUCUCUUUGGCUCUCAAUGUGGGUUCUGAUUUGCUAUUUUUAUACAGCCUGAAAUUCUGUUACCAGACAAAAAAGAAUAUCUGUGUUUUGGAAUAUUUGUAAAUAAGAUGGAAAUGUGAUGAUCAUGUUGGUGCACUUGUACAGAAUGCCUUAUCCUCUGUAUCUUCUCCUAUGUAAAUAUUCCUGCCAGUAUAACCCCAAUAUCACCUGUCACUGCCUUCCAACAUUCAGGUUCAACUCUAUGUUCCAUCACUGCCCUGAUAGAGUCUCAUCUCUUUAUUUUUGUACAAAAUAUGGAAAAAAAAGUGCUAAAAUAUUUAUUACUUUUAUUUGGUUUUUGACGAAAAAAAAAAAUAUGAAUGAUCGUUAAAAGUUUGAAUAAAACCCUUUAAGUAAACGAAAAAGACCGAUUUCUUUCAUCAGUCGUUGUAUAUAUAUCAAAGGACUAUUUAUUAUUCUUUUGGCGCAUUUCGUCUGCAUUUAAAUAGAUACAACACACGCAACAUCUGUAUUUUUACAAUUACUUUUU